AUGUCCACCCCUGUUCCCCCUUCCCCGCUGACACUGGCCUCCCCGACAUCAGCCGCCUCCCCUCUGCCUUUGCCCCUCUCACCUCCGCCCAGGGUGCCCGUGUUCCAGAGGAAGGGCGCCCUCAAACACAAGAGGAUUGUGGAAGUGAAAGAUCACCAGUUCACGGCACGUUUCUUCAAGCAGCCCACCUUCUGUAGUCACUGCACCGACUUCAUAUGGGGCAUCGGCAAACAGGGAUUCCAAUGUCAAGUUUGCAGUUUUGUGGUGCACAAAAGAUGUCACGAGUUUGUGACUUUCACCUGUCCCGGCUCUGUGACUGCCCCCAGACCUGAUGACCUGAGGAGUCGACACGCGUUUAAGAUCCACACUUAUGCCAGUCCGACCUUCUGCGACCACUGUGGCUCGCUACUCUACGGCCUAAUACAUCAGGGCAUGAAAUGUGCUUGCUGUGACAUGAACGUCCAUCGACGAUGUGAGACCAGCGUCCCCAGUCUUUGCGGCCAAGACCACACAGAGAAGCGGGGCCGGAUCCACCUGACGGUUCGAGGCGAGAAAGAAGAUGUUUAUGUCACAGUGCGGGAGGCUCGUAACCUGAUGCCCAUGGAUCCAAAUGGGCUGUCAGACCCGUACGUUAAACUUAAAUUGAUUCCCGACCCGAAGAGCCACAGCAAACAGAAGACCAAGACCAUACGCUCCACUCUCAAUCCUGUCUGGAAUGAGAGUUUUACUUUUUCCGUGCGUGGCCACCAGUGGGACAGGCGUCUAUCCGUGGAAGUGUGGGACUGGGAUCGUACGUCCCGCAACGAUUUCAUGGGCGCGCUGUCCUUCGGCGUCAGUGAGAUCUUCCGACGACCCAUCAGCGGUUGGUUCAAGCUGCUGGACCAAGACGAAGGAGAGUACUACAACAUCCCUGUGCCCGAUCCGGAUCUGCAGGAACCUCAACCAGAUGCCGCCACGCCCUCUCUGCCUCAAAUGGGACCCGUCACCCUCUCCGAACCCCUCCCUGUGGCAUUGCCCCUGACCCCCGUGACCUCCUGUCCUCCGACCCACUCCCACGGGCCAUGCAAGGGCAGAGUGGGCAUCCACGACUUCAACUUCCUCAUGGUGCUUGGUAAAGGCAGUUUUGGCAAGGUGCUCCUGGCAGAGGAACGAGGCAGUGAGCGUCUGUUUGCCGUCAAGGUCUUGAAGAAAGACGUUCUCUUCCAAGAUGAGGACACGGAGAGCGCGCUAGUGGAGAGGAGGGUCCUGGCGCUCCAGUCACGACCCCAUUUUCUCACAUCGCUGUACUGUGCCUUCCAGACUGAGGACCGCCUGUACUACGUGAUGGAAUACGUCAACGGCGGAGACCUGAUGUUUCACAUUCAGAUCGUCGGAAAGUUUAAAGAGCCUCACGCUGCGUUUUACGCUGCAGAGAUAGCGGUGGGCCUCUUCUUCCUCCACAGCAAAGGGAUCAUCUACAGGGAUCUAAAGCUGGACAAUGUGCUGCUGGACAGCGAGGGUCACAUUAAGAUCGCCGACUUCGGGAUGUGCAGGGAGGGAAUGUUUGAUGGUGACACCACGCACACUUUCUGCGGCACCCCCGAUUACAUUGCCCCCGAGAUUGUGGCCUAUCAGCCCUAUAAUAAAGCAGUGGACUGGUGGUCUUAUGGAGUUUUGCUUUAUGAAAUGUUGGCCGGACAGCCACCUUUUGACGGCAUCGAUGAGGAGGAGCUUUUCCAGUCCAUCAUGGAACAAUGUGUUUCCUACCCCAAGAGUCUCUCCCGUGAAGCUGUCGCCAUAUGCAAAGGACUACUAACAAAGCACCCCGGCAAGCGCCUUGGAGGAGGAGAGGACGCUGAACGCGAAAUCCGCGAACAUCCGUUCUUCCGCUGGAUUGACUGGGACCGUCUGGAGAGGCUUGAGAUCCCGCCACCGUUCAUCCCCAGAUCAGGAGGAAGAAAAGGAGAAAACUUUGACAAGUUCUUCACUGCGGCCCCUUCGGCGCUCACUCCCUCGGACCCUGACGUGCUGGCGGCCGUCAACCAAGAAGACUUUCUUGGCUUCUCCUUCCUCAAUCCAGAGUUUGCCCUCUCGCCUCUUACUUCAGUCUAA